AUGUCAGGAAAAAGAGAUCUAAAAUUUUCUAGAAUCAUUUUAUCAGGAACUUGUCAAAAUUUCGUUAGAUUUUGCGAGCUAGCAGUACAAAAAUGUCCUUCACUUACAAGAGUGAAUUUGACAACAACUAAAGAGAACGAUGACCCAAAAAAUCAGACCGUAAGACUUCAAGAACUCAGAAGAAGUUUAGCUGAGCAUUCCAUAACUUUGGAUGUCACCUAUUCCGAUACGCUUCACGAUCGCCGUAUCUCGCUGAGCAACGGUUGGGUUAUAAAAAUCGGUAGGGGCCUGGAUUACUUCAAGCCUCCAGAAGGAAAGUUCGUUUUGGGUGUUUGCGACCUCGAACUGAGACCCUGCCUUGAAACUAUUGUCGACAUUUUUCACCAAAGCCACCUUCAAGACUCUGUAAAGUAAAAAUAGUCUCACAACUAAGAAGAACAAGUAAAGUAAUUAAAAUAAAUUAGGCUAAUUGUAUAUUAAACUCAACAAAAAGGCAAUGCUUCUACUCAAAUAUAUAU